AUGACAUUUCAUACUCACGUUAUGGGCGUAGAUAUAACAGUACUUAAUUUAUUAACUGGUCGAUGGAUCGACCCAAAUAGUAAAUUGUUCCAGAAGUUGAUCCGUGAAGGGUUCAUAUACACUGAUAGGCUUUCAGAUUAUUUAGAGGAUAUUGGGGGUAGUAAAUUUGAAUUAGAUCCCUUAACUGACUUUUACUACCCAGCCCUAAUUCCACCUCUAUCUAUUUUAGUGAAUAGAUCGGAUAUUUGUAAAAAGUUCUCCAUUAGUGUAGAAUCUGCUAUUGAGGGUGGGAUGAGUUUAUUUAGUCUAGAAAAAAAUAAACGAUCCUUGCUUCAAAACCUAAUCAAAAUAAAGUAUUCUAGUAAUAAUUUAUCUAUGCUUAUAGGAAUAAUUUGGGAGCAUAAAGAGACAAAAGUUUGGAGAAAAGAUAUACUCACGAAAUUCCUCUAUCACCCGAAUUUGUCCUCUUCGAAAUAUAGACCGGGUGCCUUAUAUGAUGCAUUCAUCAAG